AUGUUCCCGUUAAGAUUUGUGUUUCCUUUCUCACGGCUCACCCCAACCUACAAUUUUUCUCAGCCGAUUCGUGGUAAGAAGUAUCAUUAUGCCCUUGAACCGAAAAUCUUGCCCCCGGAUACACAAUUUGACAUCAACGAUCCACUCCUUUAUAAGACCGUGGAACCAAUUUCGAAGUGGCGACAUUCCAGCAAAAACUGGGAUCCUGUUGUUGCUAAAAUAAUGGGAAUGAUGUUGUAUGAUGGCGACCGUGAGACGGUUCGUGAAGUGAUGCGUAAAACCUUCGCAGAAAUAAAGUUCAUACAGAUGGCUAAGCGUAAAAGGUUGGUUGGGGCGGAGUCCGACGCGGUGGAAGUCAGUCCUAUCAAAAUAGUUAAUGAGGCUGUUACAAAUUGUUCCCCGCUUCUUGUACUUCACUCUGUCCGUCGCGGCGGUUUCAUCUAUAAGGUUCCUGCCCCUCCACAGAAUGAAACUGUUUCUCGUCAUAUGGCAAUUCGUUGGAUUCUGGAGUCAGCCAGAAAUAAGGACAAAAAUCAGAGAAUUUGGGUUUCUCUCGCGCAUGAACUUAUCAAUGCAGCUAAUAACGAGGGCACGGCGAUUGGUAAAAAGAAGGAACUUUUAAAGCAAUGCGAGGAAAACCGAGCAUACGCAAAUUAUAGGACUUACUAG